AUGAAUAUCGGAAGAAAAGAUGGAGGUCCCGGUUACGUCGGUAUUCAAUUUUGUCAAGAAUGUAACAACAUGCUAUACCCGCGUGAAGAUAAAAACAAUAAAGUAUUGCUAUAUGCAUGCAGAAAUUGCGAUUAUAAGCAACUUGCAGACUCAAAUUGUGUCUAUGUUAACAAAAUUAUGCACGAAGUAGAUGAAUUGACGCAUAUAAAUCCUGAUGUAGUUAGUGAUCCUACUUUACCCCGUACUAAAGAUCAUAUGUGUCCUAAAUGUAAUCACAGGGAAGCUGUAUUUUUCCAAGGACAAACGAGAAGAGCGGAAGAAGAAAUGAGACUUUACUAUGUAUGUACAAGUUGUAAGCAUAGAUGGACUGAA